AUGUCAGUCAAGGACGUAAUCAUCCUUGACCUUCCUGCAGACUUUGAGUCAAUGACUCAGUGGAAUGGCCGGGCAAGCCGUGAUGGGAGUGGAGGCCAUGUUAUAAUAUACGCACCUGACAAAAUACGAAUCGAAAAUAACUUUGACCUCUAUGGUGACCAAGCCAACAAGAAGAAGAUGUCAAAGAACACCCUUGCAGCACGAGUGGCUUACCGAGAUAAAUGUGCACCGGGAUUUGUGGAGUAUUUCAACCGAGGUCAUCCAAAGUGCUAUCAGCAUGUGUUGUGUGGAUAUUAUGAUGAGCCCUACUAUCGACCAGAGCAAUGUUGUGAGGCUCCUGGAUGCACACCUGGGCCACCAAAUGAUUAUCAAUCAGCAACGGAUCACUAUAUGGAAAAACUUACACGACCGAGGAACGCUAAUCUUGUUUCACUGCCCCAUGAUGACCAGAACCUGGAGAAGUAUAGUCCAGGGAUGAUAAAGGUUUCCCUGAAGCUCCUAUGGAACUGGCGAGAGAGUAUCUGGUCAAUGCAUAAAGAAAUGGGGGUUCGGGAAAUGACAAACCUUGAUGGCCCCUCAGUUGUUACACCGGAUCAAUCCCUGGAACAAUUGGCAUCGGGAAUGCACCAAGGAUAUUGCAGGGAAAGAUGCGAGGUGCUUGUCGAGGCUUGGGGCCAGGAAUUUGGAUUGGACGCUCCGGAGACAGAAUUGCUGAUCGAGGUGAUCGAGGAUUCCAAUAAGAGAUGGGAGAGAGAACUGGAAAUAAGGGAGAAGGGGAAGGGAUCUCGUAAGCGUAAAGCACUGAACAGGAUGGUAGAUGACGAUAAUGGUGCACUGGGCAAAGGAGAGACAUCAUCAGCAACUAUACUUGGGAGGCCCCGACAAGUGGGGAAAAGGUCAAUCAAACUCACCAUAAAGGCUGCAAAUGCCGAUCAGGAUGUUGAAUAG